AUCAAUACUGUGUUGGCAAUCUUAAGUAAAAAAGUAAUUGGUAACAGCUAAAUACAAGAUUCACAGCAGUAAGUGAAACAAAAGUAUGUUUGAAUAAAUUUCUAACAUUUCUCUCUUUUAGGAGUGUGAUGCCCAAAGCUCUAGAUGGCCAAAUUGUAAUGGAGAAGACACCCAGAUAUUUUGUCACCCCGGAGACCCCAGCUCGCAUCCACGCCAUGUCACGGGACAUCAAGCUAAUCGUGGUGGUGCGAGACCCAAUCACCCGCGCCAUUUCGGAUUACACCCAGAUCAUCUCCAAGACCCCUGAUAUCCCCAGUUUUGAGAACCUGACGUUUAAGAACAGAUCCACGGGUCAGAUAGACUCUCUUUGGAGCCCGCUGUACAUCGGACUAUACGCCAAGCACUUGGAGCGUUGGUUGGCCUACUUUCCGCUCACCAAGAUUCAUUUCGUCCACGGCGAGAGGCUGAUAAGCGACCCGGCUGGCGAACUGGGACGCGUGCAAGACUUUCUCGGUUUGCAAAGGAUCAUUAGAGACAAACACUUUUACUUUAACAAGACAAAGGGGUUUCCAUGCCUCAAAAAGCCAGAGGGCAGUAGCAAACCCCACUGUUUGGGGCAAACCAAAGGAAGAACUCACCCUAAAAUUGACCCAGAGGUCAUUCUGAAACUUAGGGAAUUUUACCAGCCGCAUAAUCUUAAGUUUUAUCAAAUGGCGGGCAUGGACUUUGGAUGGCAAUGAGUGUUUCUAAGCAUAAACACAUAUGUAAAACAUAUGCAGUUAACAUUGACAUUGCAUCUUUACUCAUGAAGUGUCUUCUGUGUUGGGUUCAUACACAAGCUGAUUGUCUAGAUUGGACUAGAGUUUAACAGUAAGGAGGCUAGUGUUCAUGGAACAGGAAAAAUUAUGAAGUGAUGUCAUUAGAUUUCUUUGUAGUUGGCUCCAUUAAAUGAAUCAAUCAUGUCUGUCUGGUACAUAAAGCCUUGGGCACCGCAGGUCACAAUAUUCUUUUGUACCUUGACUUUGGUUGACAGUGACAUUAAUUUAUUGUUGUAAGCAGCACUUUUCUGCUCUUGUCAUUUUUUAUGUUUUGAUGUCUUUUUAUGGCGGAGUCAAAUGAAACCUUACACAUAUGAAAAUGUCAUCAUUUAAAAUAAACUGUGUAGCAGAAGCAUAGCUUGUC